AUGGCUUGCACUUGCAAUUCUCACAACUCAGACUCGGUGCACUUGAGUACCGCUGUUGAUCCAAACGAUGUGUUGGUUACUUCAUCUGACCCAAUCCACCCAGCCAACCUGAUUUGCGAACUGUGCAGAAGAUUCUACGACAACGGCUGGGUCACUGGUACAGGCGGAGGAAUAUCUAUCAGAGAAGAAGACAACAUAUACAUCGCGCCCUCGGGAGUUCAGAAGGAGCGUCUGGUUCCCGAGAACAUGUUCGUGAUGGACCUGAAGAGCCAGGAAUAUCUCAGGAAACCAUUGGCACUAAAGCCUUCGGCCUGUACACCUUUGUUCAUGAGUGCCUACACAAUGCGUGGAGCCGGUGCUUGUAUUCACACGCACUCACAAGCUGCUGUCAUGGUGACGCUUCUUUUCGACAAGGUGUUUGAGAUCUCGAGCAUUGAGCAGAUCAAGGCCAUCCCCAAGGUGGUGGAACCAGGAAACCUGUGGUACUCCGAUAAACUGGUGAUUCCCAUCAUUGAGAACACCGAGAAAGAAGAGGACUUGACCGAUUCUUUGCAACAGGCCAUUAAGGAUUAUCCUGGAACGACUGCUGUUUUGGUCAGGAGACACGGAAUUUAUGUCUGGGGUGAGACCGUUUGGAAGGCCAAGGUGUACAACGAGGCUAUCGAUUACUUGCUGGAGAUUGCCGUGAAGAUGAAACAGUUUGGGAUCGAAACCGUGAAGGCAAAGGACUAA